AUGUCGACGAUUGUCUGCAUGUCCAUGCUUCUGCCGGAAAUAACCAAAAUGGAGACUGUGAACCUGCUGCUCCCGGGCUUCCAAGGUCACCAGCUGCAAGCCAGUGUUGUAGGCCAAGAAAAUAGUGCUACAACCUAUGCAGUAACCUGUCCUACCACAAUCCCUGCCAAUGAAUGUGGUAUUCUUGGAACAGGAAUUAUAGCCAUCAGCGCACCGACUUCAGUUGAAGUUAUCAACAUCGAUAGGAAUGACAAUACCGCCUCGAUAUCCUGUGAUGUUUCAGGAACAACAUCUGCAUUUUGUCAUGCGAAAGAGACAAUCUUCGUCAAGGGAACCCUUGCACCGAAGGAUCUGAACUGGAUGGACGUUCCAAUGGCCACGAUGAGACCGAAUCCUGACAACACCAAUGCCAUAGGCACAUUUGAGGGAAGUGCAUGG